AGGUAGUCACAUAGGUACCUACAUUAGGUAGAAAAGUACUAUUAUUUAACAUGAAUUUUUAUUUGCUCUUGGGCUAAAUACCAUUGAAGUUGUCAACAAAAUGUUGCAUAGAAUAAAAUUAAGUGAUUACUGCAAGUCGCCUGUAUUGCAGAAGCGCUUUAUUAAAUAUAUUCAAGGUCAAGAGCCUAAACCAAAUAUUAGGGAAUAUUUCUAUUAUAUUGAUCAUCAGGGCAUGCUUUUUUUGGAUGACUCUAAAAUGAAAAAUUUUACAUCAUGUUUCAAAGAGAAGAAAUUUUUAGAAUUUUUCUUUAAACGAAUUAGGUUGAAUAAUUCUGGAAGAUAUCAAGAAGAAUUCCCUUUUAUAUCUUUAUGUGGAAGGGAGCGCAACUACAUAAGAUGUGAUGAUGUGCCUAUAGUUUACACACAUAUGAUUUCAAAUUCAGAGACUGAUUUUUUAACUUACGGGUACGCUGGAGAGAUGCUGAAAACCCAAUUUAUACCUGGAAAAAUUUUUAUGAUGCCAAGUACAGGCAGAGUUUACCAUCCUGCUGAUAAUAAAUAUGGAGGAAUUGGACUAAUACGAUCCAAGCUAGCAAUAGAACUAAGCAAGAAUUUUCUAUUCAAAAAUGGUGAUACUGUACCACCUACACAUUUUCUGUGGAAAAAUAAACAUCAUGAAUUAGAUCAAUAUUGGUUUCAAGAAAAAAUUGAUCAAUUUAAAAUAAGGGUUAAAAGUGAGUCUGACUGAGGUGCCAUUUAGGAAACAAUAUCAAUAAAAGUUCACAUUUUAUAUUAAAAAUAUUGUGGCAAUCAAUAUCAUAGGGAAAAUCGAUGGUAAUGCAACUAGAAAUGAGUUUUGAGGGAGUUUUACUUUAAUCUUACAAAUAGAAAGCAAAAUUGUUUCUUAAAAUAACAUAAAUCAUUUUUGAAUUGUUUAUAUUUAUUAUGAAUU